CCCGCCCCGGUCGCUGGAUCCCGCGCCGCGUCCGGCCGGGGUCGGACGGAUCCCUAGGUUGGCGUCUUCUACCAAGGCCGCCUCUGACCCUGUAGGGACGCGAAGUGGGGGGCUAUGGGCCUCUAGGCUGGAGAGCUUCGGGGGUCGCGGCGGGUCGGCGAGAGGCGCAGGUUCGGCCCGCGGUUCUGCCGCUUUGCUGGGGAGGGGUCGAACUGGCGCCCGGAAGACGUGAUUUUCAAAGCUAAUUAUGAAAACAUUUGUCAUUGGAAUCAGUGGGGUGACAAAUGGCGGGAAGACAACACUGGCUAAGAAGUUGCAGAAACAUCUCCCAAACUGCAGUGUCAUAUCUCAGGAUGAUUUCUUUAAGAUGGCAUUACUUAUUGGCGCGGCUCUGAUUUUGUCUCCUGCAGAGCAUUUACCACAGUCAGAGAUAGAGACAGAUACAAACGGAUUUCUGCAGUAUGACGUGCUUGAAGCGCUUAACAUGGAAAAAAUGAUGUCCGCCAUUUCCCGCUGGAUGGAAAGCCCAAGACACUCACCGGUAUCAACAGACUCCAGAAGCACUGAGGAAAUUCCCAUAUUAAUCAUUGAAGGCUUCCUUCUCUUUAAUUAUAAGCCCCUUGACGCUCUGUGGAACAGAAGCUACUUUCUGACAAUUCCUUAUGAAGAGUGUAAGAGGAGGAGGAGUACAAGGGUCUACGAGCCCCCAGAUGUCCCAGGGUACUUUGAUGGCCACGUGUGGCCCAUGUAUCUGAAGCACAGACAAGAAAUAGAGAACAUCACGUGGGAGAUUAUUUACCUAGAUGGAACCAAAUCAGAAGAGGACCUCUUUUCACAAGUGUAUGAAGAGCUAAAACAAGAACUAGCAAAGCAAAAGUGUAAGUGUUGUGGACGGUGAAGGAACAGCCAGGAAGAAGCGUGCAUUGCACACCAAAGAGUGGCUUCCCAGAAUGCUCCUGUAGGAGCGGUUGUAUCCUUUCCCUCGUUGCUUUGAAGACAAUUUCAAAUCAGAGACUCUGAAUGGGUUUGAGGCCUUGAUUAUUUUGUUUAUGAGGUUUUGUUUUUUUUAAGGGUGAAAAUGCCCACCCAAUGUUACAGCCCUUAAUGAUGUUUAUGUUACAUAGUUUAAAUUUUCUAGUAGAUGGCUGUCAUUUCAGUGGGACUGACAUUAUCCUUUGAGCAGAGUGAAGUUAAAAGGCUAAUGAUCCCCUUUUAAUUAUGUCUCGAGCUCCCCUUCUGCUUUAGUUCUCUUGAAGAUUUCCCAUGAACUUAUUUUUCCCAGAUACCUCAAAAAUAAACACAGGACGUUAAAAAUA